AUGUAUUUUUACUAUGUAAAGACACUAACUUCCCAUUCAUUACGCCAUGGACAGCUUGCAAUCGGGUCAGCGCUGCAAUUAUUCGAGGUUUCGACGCUAGGACAGCCCUUUGAGAAUAUGAAGACGGUUAUGGCAGCGCAUAGAAGCGACACAUUGACUGAAGCAUGCCGGAGAUUGUACGCAACCCGCGGAAUUCCUUCCUUCUGGCAAGGCCUAAUUCCUUGGGCAUGGAUCGAAGGAGCCACAAAAGGUGGCGUUCUUCUCUUCUCUCAAAAUGAGAUCACGAUAUCAGCCAGAAAUGCUGGGCUUGGCACGUUGUGGGCAAGUGCCUUGGGAGGUAUUGGUGGCGGAGUUUGUCAAGCGUACACAACCAUGGGAUUUUGUACAUUCAUGAAGACUGUAGAAGUGACUCGGACGAAGGGGGUUGGAUCCAGUCAUAAGAGCUCCAUUUCUGUUGCUGCAGAUGUCAUUCGGAAGGAGGGUAUCCUAGGUAUGUAUAAGGGCGUCAACGCGGUCGCCUUGCGACAGGCAACAAACUGGGGAUCUCGAUUUGGUUUUUCUCGAGUCAUAGAAAACUUGUUUCUUGGUCGAGAGAACGAUCGGGUACUAUCAAAAGGAGAGCGUCUUCUGUCCAGCAUGGUAGGAGGAGGCUUAGCGUGUUGGAAUCAACCAAUUGAGGUCGUACGGGUCGAAAUGCAGAGCAUGGCCAAAGCUGCUGACAGACCAAAAUCAAUGUCCAUUGCUAGCACAGCGAAGUAUAUUUACGGGAAAGAUGGCAUCCGCGGUUUCUACCGUGGGAUAGUGCCCCGCAUAGGUCUCUCCAUGUACCUAACUAGCGUUAUGGUGUUCGGCGGUGAUGAAGUUAGACAAUACAUGAAAACGAUGGAAUAA